GGUUACUCGUAUAUGUAAUAAUUGAACGUUUCGUGUGCGCGGUUAUCUAUCGAUAAAAGGGUUCGGUCGGUGCUAGGACUAGGACCAUGAAUCAUGUUCCAAGAAGAAUCCACUUUUAAUUCACGCUAAAAGGCUAUCUCUUCGUUUCACACACAACGACAACCACCACUAUACAGAUACAGAGACGGACACAAAGUGCAUCGUUAACAAACUGUGAGGGGAAAAACUUUUUUUCGGGGAAACACGAUUUCCGCGUUGAGAAAAUUCUAAUUCUGCAUAGAUGAGAAAAUGACAUCAUCGGAAACGUUGACGUUGGAACGGAAUUACAAGUCAAACAUGCAGACGGUAUGUCCAAAUUGUAGGCACACGUAUCAGAACGACAUCCAUUCGAUUUGUCCGCCAUGUUACGAAGAAAAGAUGCCGGUAGUCCUCUCGUCGACCAUCCAUCUACCGUCCAACUGCUCUUCGGGCAUGAGCACCAAUUGCAAAGUGAACAUAAACGCCACCUACGACAUAUCGUUAUCGAAUAAAAACAAACAGCAAAGGCUACGUCAUUUAUUGACCAGCGGCAGUAUUAUACGCGAUAAUUCGGAAAACGAUAAAACAUCUUCGGAUAAAUCGACUUGUAAAUCUAAAUCGUCGAAAGACGUUCAUUCUCCUACAGCCUCGUUAUCGUUUCUGUUACCGCCUUCUAUUUUCGCAUCCUGCCGAGCGUUCAGUAUUCUAGAAGAGAACUCUUUCUACAAUUCGGAAGACGAUUUGAAACGAAUCGCCAUGUCGCAAAAGUAUCUAAAAACGUCCGGCUUCUAUCACCAGCAACUGACCUGGAAGGAGGCUCGCAAAUUACUAAUGCCCACUCCGGUCGGUACAUUCCUAGUGAGAGAUUCAUCCGACUGCAAGUAUCUGUACUCGUUGAGCGUGCAGACGAAAUGCGGACCUACGAGUAUCCGAAUACAUUAUUCGAAAGGAGAAUUUAGACUGGAUGCGGAUCAGAGUAUGGUCCAGUAUAUGCCCAAGUUCCCGUGUAUAAUUAAGUUGAUACAGUUUUACAUCGAUUCCACCAAGAAAUUACCGCUCAAGUGUCUGUACGACGAGAAUCAAAUAUGGAUCGAUUGCUUAGGCUUGAUUUAUUCGCAAAUAGUCGUCAAUAAACCAUUAUACGCUAAAAAUUAUUUCCCAUCGUUGAAACAUUUAAGUAGGUUAUGUAUUAAUAAACAUUUGUUGGAUCCUAAUUUAACAACUGUCGUACCUGCGCCUUCUUUUGUCGUUAAUUACCUACAAGAAUAUCCUUAUAAGUAUUAAUUUCAAUUUUUAUACGAAUACGAGUCGUGCGAGUUCGACAUUACUUACUUAUACCUACGGAGCUGUUUGAUUACUAUUUUCUCCAUUUUUUUUUGGCUCCUCGACUUUUUUCUGUUUGUGUUUCGUUUUCGUUUUCUUUUGUUGGUUUUUUUCUUCUUUUUUUUUUUGAAAAAAAAAUUAUUCAUUCAUUCAUUGUUUGUUUGUUACUUUACUUUAUAUAUGUAUACCUAUUAGAAAUUAAUUUAUUUGUACGAUAAAAUCGAACUUUGCAAAUUGGUCAGAUUUUUCCCAUUCAUCCUUUCAGAGAAAGACUGCGUUACCUUAUAAUAUUUUUGUCUUAUAUUUUAUAUGUAUACAUAUCGAGUACUUACCUUCGUAGUACAAAGAACUGACGUAUAUUUUAUGUAUCGUUUUUGUGUUUUUUUUUCUUUCAUUUUUUCGCCUCGAAGCGAGCUAAAAAUUGUCUGGAUAUGAUUAAGCAAUAAAAUGAGCAUUUUUGUAUUCAAUAGUAUUAUUAUUGUAUUUUACUGUGUACAUUAAAAUACCAUUUUGACAGUUUAA